ACCCCUAAGGUUUUAAAAUGGGUGAAGCCCAAUUGGCGCGGUUUAUAAAAUGAUAAGGGCUGCACUUCCCAUUCAUCACUCUUCUGUUUCUCCCCCUACAACUAAAAUCAUGGCGAGAACUGUGAGCUAUCGCGAUGAUUUCAUGCCUGGUAUGCUUCAUCCAGCUUUGUUUACGCAACCGCCUCGUACAUUCCAAUAUAUUCCCGGGGAUGAAUCCUACCAAAACCUGUUAGAUCUUUUAUCAUUGUAUCAAACCAAAACCAUCACAAUGACGGAUGACAUACUUGUCCAACUCCAAUUCUGCUAUUAUAUUGGCUGUGUAUUCUCUGAGAGAGACAAAUCUAAUAUAGACAAGUUUAUCAAAUAUGGGGCUUUGUCUCAUGUUAUGAAAUUUUUAGACAGUUCAACACCAACUCUCCGUUCCAUGGCUGCCUGGGCAAUGGCCCAUUUAACAUCAGGGCAUAUCAAUCAUAUAUAUUUGGUAAUUUCUGCGAAUUUGGUUCCCAAAUUGCUAAGUUUUUUAGAUUCUGGGCCACGUUGUGAAGAAACCAUUCUAUGGAUACUUGGAAAUAUUAUUGCUGAGUCGAAUGAGAUAAGAGACUUCUUUGUUGAGCGUGGUUCAAUCACUCAUUUGAUGAAUGUAAUAACAGACGUUUCCAACUUGAAACGGGCAAAAAUUGCCACAUGGGCCUUUUCCCAUGUGUUGAGAGGAACGGUUGAAAAUUUUGAAGAACAAGAGAAUUUUGAAAUUCUUUUUAAUGAGAUAUCCACUUCAAUUAAUUUGCUGUGGCCACCUUCAAAGUUAACUUCUGCAGAAGCUGUUCUGCACUCAAUGGAAACUAUGUUCUGGAUUGUUAAGACUGCUUCAAAUCAACUUAUAGAACAUUUUUUUAUGGGUCAUUUUGAUGAUAUUGUAGAAUUGGUGGCUAAGGAUGAUGUCUCUUGGGAUAUCAAAGCUGUAACUUUGAGAACAUUAGGAAGAGUAGCUCUCAUUAUUACGGAUUUUCGGAACCGUGGUAACCUGAUCAGAACAGUGAAAACUAUGCUUGAGGAAACUGACAGCUUGCCCUCAUCCAUCCUAAGGGAAGUUUGCUGGCUAGGCUCUAUAAUAACGGCAGGGUCUGUGUACCAAUUAAAUGAUAUCAUAAAUUUGGGGUUUUUUCCUCCCCUUUUUCCACACCUGAAAAAGGAGCGGCUUGAAACAGACAUUGUGAGAUACGGCUUGAGAGGGAUAUUAAAUGCCACAAACGGUCCUCAAACCUUUAUCCGUAAACUUUGCACUCAAGGUUUUGUUGACAUCAUCUGCUCAAUACUGAAUCGUGGAGAGUCCAGAGUUAUUGUUUGCAAUUGUUUGGAUGGAUUGGAUAACAUCCUUUCCGUGGAAGGAAGAGGAACUCAAAGUUGUAGCAUCAUAAUUGACACUGGAACAUUGCAUAAUCUAUGCAGUUUGAUGGAAAGCCAUGAUGAUGAGAUACGCACCAAGGCAGCAAACAUCGUUAAAUCUUACUUCCGGACAAGUACGAUCCAGGCAUGAUUGUAAGAUCUCCUAGAGUUGAGGUGAUGGAUCUUCAAAUUGAUAGAUUAGGCAUGAUUGUACAAGUUUUUGAAAGAGUUUUCACUAGUAUUUUUUUUGAACCAGAAAAUGGUAGGUAGAUGACUCUAGAUAUGCUAGCUCAGGCAAUAGCCCUCGUAUUUAGUGUGUUUGCUUUGAUGGAAAAACAUAAAAUGUAAUUUCUUAUUAUGUUUCAUUAUAUUUUUUAGAAGCACUAUAACAAUCAGUUUCUCAGACAAUAAAUCUGUUUUUCACUAUCA